CCUCGAACCAGCUUCAUUGCGAUCUUUGGCCAUUGAACCAUGAGCGAAUACGACGAGUCUUUCGAGGAGCUCGACGAGCCGCUCGACUCGGAGCCGGACGAGGGAGUACAUGCAUCGGCGCCUACCGAGGAACGUGCGUCGGAGCCCGACGACGAUGGCGACGAGGCGUCGACGUACAACGACGAAUCCUUCGUUGCCGAGAGCCAGAGUCCGCGCAAGCCGACGAGCGCCGGCUUUGCUGUCGGCGACGCCGUCGAUGUGUACUGGGCUUCGGAAGAAGCGUGGUUCCAUGGGCGUAUCCAAGACGCCAGCCACCCAACGUACUUUGUCGCGUACGAUGAUGGCGACGGCCAAUGGGAGGACGUGCAGACAAUCCGACGGGCGACGGCUCCGGAAGCCGCCGCGCCGCGACCGGCACCGGCCUCGAGCCCCGCGCUGCCGUCAGCGUUUCUCGAGCGCUGCCACGUUGACCCACCACGCCGCGUCUUGACACCACGCGCGUACACGGUCGUUGCGGAACACUCGACGACGGAGAAAAUCGCUCGUCCCUACCGUAGCGUCGCGCUGCACCCAUCGAGCUCGAGCACGUAUCUGACGCCACGCCGUCGCAACGAACCGCCGCCGCCACAGUGCCCCUGCCAGUGCUAUCACUGGUCGACGCCCAUGGCGCAUGCAGAAAUCCGGAUACCCAGCCUCUACAAGGUCGCCGAACCGCUGACGGUCGUGAGUCAAGAGACGCAGACGGUGUGCCCGUGUGCGAUGAGUCCGCCACCGUCGUCCAAAGUCGACCAACCGUGGUCCACACAGAUGGGCGACGUCGAUAUCUCAGAAAAUGGUCGUGCCAACUAA